AUGCUUGGAAAACUCCCUCAAACGUUCACAGCUCCGUUUGGUCUACUAAGCGACGAAGCCAAACUUGCAUUUCGCAGUCAACCUCAAGGAAUUGCAAAACUUGCAUCCACCAGAAAUAUUGCUGAAACCGAUAGCUACUGGAACCAGUAUUUUGUAUUGUUUGACACGACUUCCGAUGUCUUCUCUCUAGUAUCCCCUCACGAUGUUCGUAGAGCUCUGCAGGACGCACCAGAAAACAUUGCAACGCUCAUUCGAGUUGUGACCUCACGUCUUUUCAAUCUUAUUUCCGACCAUACGUUCCCUACAACAAACGGCAACUCCGUUGCAUCAUAUGCAACCUCGUUCAUCAAAACAGGUUCGGCGGAGCGAAACACCACUAAAGAGGUCCUCAACUGCCUAAGAGUUCUCCAACGAGUGUUACCCGUGGUGUUUGAGGUAGAAGGGGAGUCAAACGUUUUUGAGCUUGAGGUGCUGUGGAAGAAAGUCGAACUCGACGAUGAUCAAGAUGAGCCUAGUAAUGCGGGAGAGGCACCGCAAUUUGUCAUUGAAGACGAUGAGGACGAGGAUGAAGAUGGGAGUCAGCAUGGUGCAGCGUCCAAAAAGCCCUCUCAAACACCAGAGCCCAAACCAAAAGAGAAGAAGAUGUCACCUACGCUUGGCGAGAAGCUCUUUAACUGCAUCGUUGAUCUUCUCUUCUGCUGCGGCUUCACUCUUCCACUCAAAUUACAGGUUGACCAUUAUAAGAUCAACUAUGUUAUAUGGGAGAAGGGAGUUGGAUCGACAGCUGAUAUAGGGCCAAAUAACGCUUUCGACUCUAACAAAACAGAAGUUCUCCGUCUUCUGCUAGUUCUCUUGUCACGACAGAUCUACGUCCCACCAUCGUCUCUUUUCACCAAACCGUCCUUCUACAGUUUACAUUUUGCCCGAAAGACACCUCGUCGGGAUGUCUUAACGAUACUAUGCUCGCUGUUGAACACCACCAUGAACUCGUCCGUCACUAGCAAUGCAACUAUCGGCAGUAUGGCAGGAAGGCUGCCUUAUAAUCAUCUUGUUUUCAAAGGCGAAGACUCGAGAUCUAUUCUUGUGGGCAUGUGCUUCCAGGUUCUGUGUGCGUUGCUGGAUUUCCAAAGUGGCCCCGCGAGAGAUGCCGUCGUGGGCAGUGGUGAGAACAUCAGUUCUGCACCUACAGCGCAUACGAAUGCAUUCAGAUACUUCCUCGCCAAGCUGCAUAGGACGCAUGAUUUUGCGUUUAUUCUCAGUGGCAUUACAGAGAUCUUGAAGCGGCAGCUAGCCAUUAUGAACAACGUACUUCCAGGUGCAAGGAAGUCCAUACCUUACGUUCCGGAGGCUAUCGUACUCUUUUGGAAGAUGAUCGAGCUAAAUAAGAAAUUCCGAGCAUACGUUCUUGACUCAGAUAAGGCUGUGGAUAUUCUUGCAUACUUGUUAUGCUACUCCCUUGAGAUCAAGGAUAAGCCUCAGCAACACGGCCUCUGCAGAGCUCUAUCUUACAUCGUACAGAUCUUAUCGGCUGAGCCUGCUUUUGGUAAUAAGCUGUCCUCACCCGUCACAGUUCAACUACCUGCCAAGUGGAAUGCUCCAGGUACCGCUGCAGAUUUCAUGGUAACGGCCAUCUAUUCGAUUAUAACUACGACGUCUGGGUCACUGAAUUCGAUAUACCCUGCCUUGAUUAUUGCCCUGUCGAAUGCCGCUCCGUACUUCAAGAAUCUAUCUAUCGUCGCUUCGACCAAGCUCAUCCAGCUUUUCAAUUCAUUUUCGAACCCUCUGUUCCUCCUUUCAGAUGAGGGGCAUCCCAGGCUUGUCUUUUUCAUGCUCGAAGUCUUCAACUCCGUGCUUUUCCACCAUCUCGGAGAUAAUCCAAACCUGCUCUAUGCCAUCUUGACUGCUCACAAGUCCUUUGAAACCCUGGGUACGUUCACGUUAUCUCGAGGGCUACGUGAAAUAAAGCGGGUCCAACUGGCCAAAGAGGAACAGGCUCGGAAAGCCGAGAGUGGUAACGAUACCAAGAAUGGACGUAUGCAGAAGGAAACAGAACCAGAGGACGCUCAUGCAGAAAAAGUUAGACUGCUUCGAAGCGAGAGCAUGGGUCUAUCUGGAGACAUAGAGAGUGGCGAAAUCAUGGUGGAAGGAUCACCACAUCACGACCGUUUGGAAGAGCGCAGCUCUCAAGAGGAGACAUCAGUGACCUAUCCAUUGAUGUCGCCCACUGUUGGGAACAUCCCAAUGAUGAGCGAUGGUAUUGUAGGGUCGGCGUCCGAGAAAGCUAGAGGGAAAAUGAAGGCUAGGCGAUCUGAAUCGCUCGAUACGACGAGUAGUGUCGACCGAAUUGCUGCUGCUGGUGUGGGUAGGAACGGCUUUGUGCCGACACAAGAAUGGGUCACGUCCUGGCAGCAAGGAUUGCCUUUGGAUAUUGUAAUGCUUGCGAUAUCUGAGCUACUCGCGAAAGUGGAGAAAAUGCAGUCUGGGCAUCAAAAAGCGGCCACUGCUGCUUCUAUCACAAAUUUCCUUCAAAGUGUGGAUUUGGCACAUGUCCUACCUCCUGCUCCUCCAGUCAUCCCACGGCGGUUUUUGUGGUCGGAUGCUUCGAUAGUAUGGCUCACGUCUCUGAUAUGGGGAGAGAUCUAUGUUCGCGGCAUGUCUCCACUUGGAAUCUGGAAUUCCACCAAUGUUCGCCUAUUUUACGUGAAGCACACACAGACGCAGCAGCGACAGAUCACAGAGGCUGUUUCCAGCGUGGUUGGAGGUCUUCUUUCUCCUAGUACCGUGUUCGAGAGAGGCGAAGAGGACAUGCAAGCUAUCCUAAGGUGAUAGUGCACUGCUGUGUCCGGACAUUUUCAAUUAUAUAAAACUUCUAGCUUAAUCCAAGCAAAACUUUUAAGCACCUUCGAUGACACAUGUUGUUUUCCUUGUGUGUAUAAGGUCUGCUUCAUAGUUGCGUUCGCUGAUGGACCUUCGACAUGGGAAAGCCCGUUUUUGAGCGCUGAACCCUGAGUUCUGCUUGCACCUCCUGUUUUACAUCAUAUGAUAUUCGAUUCAUACCACCAGCGUUGGUUAUUUAGUUGUGUAUGAAUGCUUCGCCUGA